AUGGGUCCUCACAGCCGCCCUGGCACCGCAGACCCCAUGCGAGGACGAUCUGAAACCAUUUCGCGAGCCGGUCGUCGCCCUAGGUCCCGAGGUUCAACGGCUAGCAUCCAUUCGAGCACGACCCAGCAGACUCAAGACCAGCAUCUCGACGGAUUCCCACAGUUUUUACCGUCUCAGGUCGGCGCGGGCCAGGCCAUGUUUGGGAACAAUCCGGAAGACAUGAUCAUGCGUUUUGGACAUCAGCUCGCCCACCAGCCGCAUGCCGCGUCGUUGGAGCAUGGCAUGCGAGACUCCCAUUCCGUGGCUUCGCGUCCAGAUGAGUUUUCCGGUCACGCCAUGCACGGACAUAGCCUUUCCCAUCACGGAUUGCCACCGGAUAUGGCAUCCAACGGUGCACCUGUUCCUGUUCCGCAAUAUCAAUCCAUGUACGACAGUGGGAUGGAAAAUCACCUUCCCGAUCAUAUGAUCGAGGACCAAGAGGCGUCUGAGCCAGGUGCCAAGAAGAAGAGGGGUUCCAGCUCAACGCUCGCAAAUGACAACGAACUGCGGAAGCUGCUUCGUCAAUACGAAGGGUUCAGCUUGCAACAAAUGGCCGCCGAGGUCAUGAAGCACGAAGGAGCCGGUGGCAAGGCAGAAAAGGUGAAGCAGGUAUUUGCCAUGAUCUGGUUGCGUGAAAACUGCCGGAAGAGUAAUGGUUCCGUACGACGAGAUCGGGUGUACUGCUGUUAUGCCGAAAAGUGUGGAACGGAGCGAGUGUCGGUUCUCAAUCCUGCGUCGUUUGGUAAACUCGUCCGUAUCAUCUUCCCUAAUGUACAGACUCGACGCCUUGGUGUCCGUGGCGAGUCCAAGUAUCACUAUGUCGAUUUGUCCGUCAUCGAGGAAAAGCAACAGAAGCCUGUUCCUCUUAAUGCCCAGGUGGCCCCUAAUCCGCAUGUUCCUGCCGGUGUUCCGGAAAGGCCUGCUAGUGUGAUGCGCUCACGGAGGUACGAUGAGUCGCCAUCGGUUCCCCCGGGCAGCGCUGACGGACGCUUCAGCGUCAGCGUCCCUCCACCCACAGCCGACACUGCGGUAUUCCCAUCCCCUACCACAUCUUUCGCACCCCGAUAUCCUGCCAAUUCUUCGCCAUCUGGGUGCAGCUGUCAGGGUCAAUCCCCCUCUGCCUCCGAGGCCAUGAUCACCACCGACAAUGUCGGGCAGCAGGCUGGAAAGAUGAUCCACCAAAUGCUGCAAUUCCCCACCGAUGAAGUUCCCGCGGUCGACAACGAUGCUCUCGUCCUCCCAGAUAUCCGCGGUUACUUGCCCGUGAACACGGAUCCCAAGGUUGCCGAAGCGCUUGCCGCCCUCUACCGGUCUCACUGCAUUUCCGUGAUCGACAGCUUCCGGUUCUGCAAGGAACGCAACCUUCUCAAGUACUUCUCUGCCUUCCACGGUACCCUGACUGUCCCGGUCCAGAAACUGUUGACGCACCCCAACCUGGCACCGUGGAUCAAGGAAUGCGACUGGUUGAUGUACCAGAAGAUGAUCGCAUUUGUCGCUCCUCUCACGACGCAAGUCGUGCCCAAGGUUGUUCUUGACGCCUUCAGCUCCAUCUCUCACAAGCUUUGCGCGCACAUCGUCGAGACUUUCAAGGCUCAGCCUUCCCAUGUCUCUAUCGCACGACUUCUUCCCGCUCACAUCUUUUGCAAUCUUCUGAAGCACAUGCUCGAUGUGAACCAAGCAGCCAAUGCCGCCGCUGCAUGGCUCUGCCACCCCGAUAACCGGAACCAGAUGUGGUACGACUUCAGGACUCUUGUUGAUCCCAAGGACAUGAUCUCCAAGGCCAACAUCCCGGCCUGCGCCGAAAAGGCCACGGAACAAAUCCUCAAGCACGACGUUCGUGCCCUUCUCACCCCAUUGACUGAUGCCGAUACCUCAACGGGUCUUCCUUUCUUCGCCAAGCCGGACCUUGCGGACGAUAUGGAUGCCCAUCCCUUCCCCGUUGACACCGCUUCGGGCGAAGACUACAACUUCCCGGAUAAGUGGGUGUCAUUCAUCUUGAACCUUCCGGCGGUCUUCGCCCAUCACCGCUCCCAGUGCAUCGUUGAGAAAGUCGACGCUCUCUGGGACUGUGUCCUUCACCGGCUCACCCUGGGCGGAGCAGCCAGCUUCAGUGCCUGGUGGAUGACGAAGGUCUUCUUUCACGAGAUGAUGGUCUGGCAGGCGGAGAAGGGCGGCUUCAUGCGAAGCACUGCUAACUCGCUGCAAAGUGUGACCUUCGGUGCCGAACAACCGAGUCUCGGGAACUUCAAUAUCAAGCACAACGUUGAUGGUGUUGCCCAUGGUCAGGCAAAAUCCAACACUACCCCUUCAGUCGAUACAAACCGAACUCAUCGCCGAGCUGGCGAUGAAGAAUCCGACGUGAAACACGCCUCCGACGAGAAGGAGCUGGCUCUUGCGGAAGCGGGGUUUCAAUCCCCUAACAAUGAUGACAGCGCAAUCGAUCUGGGAGAUGAUCCCAUGAUGAUCGCGGUGGGUAAAUACGGAGACAUGAUGGCCUCCGACCCUGCAGAUGCCGAGGGUGAUGUGGUUGUCAUCUAA